AAGAGGGAUGGUGCAGAAACCAGUUUUUAAAGGACGAUGAAUGCCUUCAGACGGGAUUAAAAAAGAGCCAAAACGACGGUUUCAGGUAUAACCCUAUUAUCAACAUUUUGUUUGAGGCUAUCCUUGUCAGCCACAAUGUCCGGAAUACUCGUACUUGCGACUUCCUUUGUUCUUUAUAUCAUAUACCGCUUCUUAAAUCAAACCGAGCAGCCCAAAAUUAAAAAUCUGCCUGAAGUCCCUGGUAUUCCUCUUUUCGGAAAUCUCCUUCAGUUGGGUGAUAGUCAUGCACGGGUUGCCGCCGGGUGGGCAAAAAAAUAUGGCCCUGUUUUCCAAGUUCGAAUGGGUAACAAGAGAAUAGUAUUUGCGAACAGUUUUGAUUCGGUCAAAAGACUGUGGCUGAAAGAGCAGUCCGCUCUUAUUUCUCGCCCAACUUUUCAUACUUUCCACAGUGUUGUUUCUAGUUCGCAAGGAUUUACUAUUGGUACCUCACCUUGGGAUGAAUCCUGCAAGCAACGACGCAAAGCGGCAGCGACGGCGUUGAACAAGCCAGCCACUCAGUCGUACAUGCCCAUUAUUGAUUUGGAAUCGACCACCAGCAUCCGAGAGCUGCUCCACGAUACACAAUCAGGAUAUAAAGAUGUCAACCCAAUUCCAUACUUCCAAAGAUACGCAUUGAAUACUAGUCUGACAUUGAACUACGGAAUUCGUAUUGAGGGAAACAUCGACAAUACUCUGCUGAAGGAGAUUGUUGAUGUGGAGAGAGGUGUCUCAAAUUUUAGAAGCACCAGCAAUAACUGGCAGGACUAUAUUCCUCUUCUCCGUAUCUUCCCCAAAACAAAUAAUGAAGCGGAGGAAUUUCGCGUACGCCGAGACAAAUACCUGACCCAUCUGUUGAAUCUACUUAAGGAGAACAUUGCCAAAGGGACAGACAAGCCAUGCAUCACGGGUAAUAUUCUAAAAGACCCAGAGGCAAAGCUCAAUGAUGCGGAGAUCAAAUCAUUGUGUUUGACGAUGGUAUCAGCUGGUCUUGAUACAGUUCCAGGCAAUUUGGUCAUGGGUCUUGCGUAUCUUUCGUGCGAAGAUGGCCAGCGGAUUCAGAGAAGGGCAUAUGAAGAAAUUCAAAAGGUGUAUCCCAACAACGACGCAUGGGAAAAAUGCCUCGUUGAAGAAAAGGUGCCUUAUAUCACCGCUUUGGUAAAGGAGAUCCUUCGCUUUUGGACUGUGAUCCCUAUUUGUCUUCCACGUAAAAGCAUCAAAGAUAUAGAGUGGGAAGGUGCCACUAUUCCAGCUGGAACAACAUUUUUUAUGAAUGCCUGGGCAGCCGACUAUGACGAGGACCAUUUCAAAGAUGCUCAUCGCUUCAUUCCGGAGCGAUAUUUAGACUCCUCUGACUCUACCGGUACACCUCAUUACGCAUAUGGUGCUGGUUCCCGCAUGUGUGCAGGUUCUCAUCUUGCGAACCGUGAACUGUAUACUGCCUUCGUCAAGUUAAUUACUGCCUUCACAAUCCACCCUCCAAAGGAAGAAAUGGACGCCCCAAUCUUGGAUGCUCUUGCAUGUAAUGCAAUUCCUACAGCUCUAACGACAGAGCCCAAGCCUUUCAAAGUGGGCUUCAAAGUCCGUGAUCAGAGUCUGUUGAACAAGUGGAUUUCUGAAAGCGAGGCGCGUACCAAGGACUUAUAAAAUAGAUAUGUGUGGGCUACUGUAUUAUCAAUGUUCUCAGAGGCACGAAUAGAUCUUUCCGCGUUUUAGAAAUAAAUUCUUCAUGUAAAUGAUAGUAACGAGGACAUAAUAAAUACAGCUCUGUAAAUC